AUGGUUCCAGCUUCCACCGGCUUUUGGGACAACUUGCCCAAGAUUCAGUUGACCAAAAACGCGCGGAGAGAACUCGAUCGGAGAAACACUCAAGCGGCUCUAAACUCCCAAUUGGCCGACCUACACUCGCACCAGCAGAUCACACAGACACAGUCUACGUGCUCACAGUCUACAUGCUCUCAGUCUCUCAUACCAGCUUCUGAAUAUCUCGGUAGUUGUAGACCGAAGACUUUGGCGAAGAUCAAACUGUCUGCUAGAAACGGCGGCCCAUAUUUAUCAGACCUCAGGGAUCCUCUCAACCGAGCGAUGUCAUUUAAGCUAAAUCCCUCGGACACUGAAAGGGACACUGAAAUGGACACUGAAAUAGCGCAACGCAGCCAAUCUUGCGGCCCGUAUGACGGGAAUUUUGUGCAGAACCUCGAGGAUGGUGGUGUCUACCUUGACGCCCAUGAGUUCCCAAAACCAGCCAAUUGGACGGAGAUCCAUCAACGAUUGUCGCAACCCAGACCAUCUCUUUCGGGCUCCAUGUUCUCAGAAGAAGAGUUUUUGGACUUUGUGGCAAGGGAUGAAUCGGCAAAGAACGAGAAGAUGGUCAAAAUACGAGUGAUUCCUAUCAUCGAAGGGAGAGUUAAGGAUUGGAAAUGCGUUGCCGGUGAGAAUCCAUUCACCAACCUCGACCCCCUAACAGCUUUCACGCUUGCUCCCGGGACUCCAGACACCUACUACGGGGCGCGUCCGGAGCAGCUUAGUCUACAAGUGCGUGAUGAACUCAGCAACCAGAUUAUCCCAUCGCCAGAAGUUGGUCUUCCUAUGGUACCGAAUUUCUUCCUCCAAGUGAAAGGACCGAAUGGAACCCCGGCUGUCGCGAUACGUCAAGCUUGCUACAAUGGUGCACUAGGAGCAAGAGGUCUGCACAGCUUACAGUCAUACGGCCAAGAUCAUCUACCGUCCGACAACAAUGCUUAUACAAUCACGAACACAUACUUGGACGGUACGCUCAAGAUGUACCUCACUCAGCGCACUCAGUCAUCUAGUCCCGGCAGUCGACCCAAAUAUUACAUGCAUAUGCUCGGAGGUUGGUGCAUGACGGGCAAUCUCAAAACAUUCCGAGAGGGUGCUGCAUACUACCGAAACGGCAUGGAAUGGGCAGAGGAGCAGAGGAAUGAGGCUAUUAGGCGGGCAAACGAGAGAGUGGGCUGGGAGCCCCCUCGCCGGUAUCUAAGGAAACAGUGA